UCGUUUCAUUAACAGCUUUACACUACGUUUAUUUGCUUUAUUAUUUCGCAUCAGGUUGUAUCGGCAUUCGGCAAUUCCUUUCGCGGCGGAGAAAGCCAUGGCUACUAUCCCACUGGUUCGAGUUCGCUUCUCGGAAUUCUCAAGUUCUAGGCUUUAGGGGCUAAGGUGUAUGAGCAAGGUAAUGUCAAGGUAUUUGAGUAGAUUGAUCUUUUUCUUUUUUUUUUUUUUUGGUUUGAUUUCUGCUGAAUGCCGUUAUCAUUUUUUCUUUAUGAUUAAUUUUCUUGUAAUUAACUAGUAUUGUUUUGAAUUCUGCAGAGCAUGACCUAUUUGCAGCAUAUUUCUUUCUUUUGCCCCCCUUUAUUAGGCAUUUUAGAAGUCAACUAGCUUUAUAUUUUAUUUAUCAAUGACUUAUUGUACUCUUUGUGAGUAUAUUUGGCCUUUGGUUUACUGGAUGGUCGAGUUUCUGCCUCAUAGUAUGAAGAGUUCAAAUUAUUCCCUUUUAAAUUUCAAUCAAAAGAAGAAAAAGAAACUAAUUUCUUGUGUGAAAACAUGAGGCCAAUCAGUUGAGUUUGCUUUGAAUAGAAUCAUAACUUGUUCAGUUGGUUAUUGUUUUGAAAAUUCUUGAAAAAUUAAAAGAAUUAAAUAAAGAACUAUGAUUUAGUCAUACUUUGUGUAGUUUGCGACCGACCAUGACAUUGCCAUUAUAUUUUGGUAGAAUAUUAUAACAUAUUAAUUUAAUUGUUUCCUGGAGAAUCUAUGUCAAAUUGCAAUUUGUUUAUUUGAAGUCUAUAUUUUUUGCUGACAUUUCUCAAACAAUUUGGGAAGAGUAAUCAAUUGUUUACAUAAGCAAAAUAGCAAAAAUUAGAAUGAUUCCUACUGUAGCUGUUGUAGCGUGGAUAAUUUUGUUUUUUCUUUUAUAUAUGUUGUUAUCAGUUUAAUUCCUAGUAAUGGGUGACGUUAUUUUGGUAAUUAUUCAAACCAUGAUCCAUUUGCAACUUCGAUCCUUUUUUUAGCCAUUCUAGAAGUUAAUUGACUUAUAUUUAUUCAUCAAAUGUUGCUUCAAUUAAAGUAGCUUUGCUUUUGCAAAUGAUCACUUAACUUAGUGGUUAUGGGUGAUGUCUUGGGAACUACAGGUCCCAGAUCCUAUCCUCCUGCCUGUCAACUUGUCCUUUAAUGGGCUUAUAUUAAAAUUAUGGUCCUAGUUCUAUCUGUAAAUCUGCUUAGAAUUUGCAGCGUCGUAAAUAUACCUUGUAUCACAAUAUCUCUGACUAUAUGUAGAUAUAAACAUAUAUACUGUCUCAUACUGCAAGCAAUCACCAGUUCAAACUUGGCAGUCUUUGUUUUGAAUACAACAUGAGAUCAAUUCUAGACCUUUAGUUUAAUGGACCAUUAAAAUAUUAGCUCAAUUAAUUAAGUCGUCUUUCAACUCUACUGCCUGCUACCAACCAUGUUAGUAUGAUUUUGCAUAAUAUUAGAACAGACUAAUAUAUUUGUUUCCUGAAGAGUCUAUGUCAAGUUGCAAUUUGUUUAUUGAAGUCUAGAGUUUCAAGCCAUUAAGGUAACCUGAUAUAUUAAAAUGUCCACUCUGAGAAACAUGAACUGUUCAUAUGUGACAAAUAGCACAAAAUCACAAAUUUGAAGGAUAUCUAAAUCACCUUGCAAAUUUAAGUGGCUGAUUCAUGUUGGUUGUGGAUCAUCUAAUAUAUGAUACCUAGGAGAGAAAAGACAAUAAAAAUGUAGUAACAGAAGAAGAAGGAGAAGAAGGAAGGCAAGAAUAUCACAGCAUUUCAGACAGGAUAGCUGCUCUUUCUGUGCGUGCUCCAGCCUGCCCUCUUUGCUUACACCUAAUGUUGUUUGUUUUUCACUGUGAUCUUGCCCCUCUCCGGCUCAAGUCACAUACAGUUAAGCGUAGAAAAGAAGGGAACAUACCAGGCCAACAUGGCCACAGCUGCAAUUCUCCAACACCUGAUUGAUAUAAUACUGUCAGCUCUUAAAAAUGAAGCAUCAUUAUUGGGAGGCAUCUAUGACAAAUUUUACAACCUGAGGCGUGAACUAGAAAGCAUGAAAUCUUUUCUCGAGGAUGCUGAGAGAAAGCAACUGAAGUCUGAAGGAGAGAAGACGUGGGUGGCAAAUGUGAGGGACAUAGCUUACCAAGUUGAAGACAUCAUUGAUGAGUUCAUGUAUUUUGUACAUCAACAACAUAGCAGGGGCGGUUUCUCUCAGCUCUUUCAUCAAACAGUUCGCAUUCCAAAAGUUUUUUGGCUGAGGCAUCGAAUUGCCUCCAAGUUGCAGAACAUCAAUAACAUCAUCAAAGUCAUUCCUGAGUGGAGGGAUAGAUAUGGUGUUAAUAAUGUAGAAGGUGGAUCUAGUUCCAAUUAUCUUGACCACAAAUGGUCAUUAUACCGCAGGGAUUCUCCUUUUUUCAUUAAAGAAGAUGAUCUGAUAGGGAAGGAGGAAGAAACACAAGUAUUGAAGGGAUGGCUAAUGGAUAGAGAUUUGCAACAAAUUCUUAUUUCAGUGGUUGGAAUGGGAGGAUCAGGCAAGACAACACUAGUUGGCAAGAUCUAUAACAAUGAAACAGUGAAGCGCCGAUUUGACUGCUAUGCAUGGAUUACUGUCUCUCAAUCAAAUACAAGAGAAGAAUUAUUCAGAAGCCUGAUCAAUGAAUUCUGCCAGGGAAGGAAGGAACAUCAACUUUCUAGCUUGAGUAAGAGUAACUCGAGCUUCAAAAACCUGGUAGUGAUUCUUACUGAGUACUUAAAGGACAAAAAGUACCUAGUUGUCUUGGAUGAUGUGUGGGAUAUAAAUCUAUGGGAUGCAAUAAAUGUAGCGCUUCCAGAUAAUAAGCUUGGAAGUCGGAUCUUGCUUACAACUCGAAAUAAAGAUGUGGGUUCUUUUUCUUCUGGGGUUAGAAGCCAUAUUCUUUCUAUUCAACCACUAAAGAAGAGUGAGGCAUGGGACCUCUUUUGCCAAAAAGCAUUCUUGGGUGAAUCAUGUCCAAGUGAGCUUGCAUCAUUGGCUACGGAACUGGUGAAAAAAUGUGAAGGCCUACCUCUUGCAUUAGUGGCUUUGGGUGGUCUUAUGUCUUCCAAGAAGUCAAUAAGUGACUGGCGUAGCGUUUGCAACAACUUGAACUGGCAGCUAAACAACAAUCAUAUGUUGGAAUUUGUCAAGAGCAUUUUGUUGCUCAGUUUCAACGAUUUGCCUUAUCCACUUAAGCAUUGUUUCUUAUAUUGUUGCCUUUUUCCUGAAGACUAUCUAAUUCGACGUAAAAGGCUUAUUAGACUUUGGAUAGCAGAAGGAUUUGUUCAACAAGUUAACAGGAUUACUCCUGAAGAAGUAGCUGAGAACUAUCUCAUGGAACUUAUUGCUCGAAGUAUGCUUCAAGUUGUAUUGCAAAAUCAAUCAGGAAGGCCAAAAGCAUGCAAGAUGCAUGAUAUUUUGCGCGAACUUGCUCUGUCAAUAUCAGAGAGAGAGAAAUUCUGCAUUGUAUACAAUGGAAGGAUAGCAAUUGAGGAAUGUAAAGCUCGCCGCUUAUCUGUCCAAACAACCAAUGAGGACCUUGAAUCAUACCAUGGUAUGUCACAGAUUCGGUCAUUGUUUAUGUUUUUAAUGCACUUGUCGUCUUUCCCAAAUACAUUAGUAUCCAAACUCAAAUUGUUGAGAGUCUUGGAUUUGGAAGAUGCUACGAUUGAGAAAUUACCAGAUGGUAUAAACAUUCUAUUCAACUUAAGGUACUUGAACUUGAAAGGAACUCGAGUGACAGAGCUUCCAAAAAAUAUUGGGAAACUCCGUAACCUUGAGACCUUGAACAUUAAAGAGACACUAAUAAGGGAACUUCCAAAAGGAGUAGCUGAAUUGCAGAACUUGAGAAAUCUGAUUAUGUAUCGUUAUAAUCAUGGGAACAGCCAUCAGUUUCAGUAUGCCAGUGGGACUCGAGUUCCAUUUAAAAUUAACAAGUUGAAGAAAUUGCAAGUCAUGUCUUUCAUUGAAGCAGAAGGUGAUGUGAUAAGGCAACUGGGGAGCAUGACCCAGUUGACCAGAAUGGGGAUUUCAAAUUUAAGAGCAGGAGAUGAGGAGGACUUGUGCUCUUCAAUUCUAAACCUGAAAAAACUACGCUAUUUGUUUCUUAUGGCGCAUAAUGAAGCAGAGUUCCUUCAAAUGGAUGCAUUGCUAUCAUCCCCACCUCACCUUGACAAGCUUAUAUUGGUUGGUAGACUCAAAAGAGUACCACAUUGGUUUUGCUCACUCAAGUACUUGACAUACUUAUACUUGCAUUGGUCUAGAUUAAAUGAAGAUCUUCUCCCUCACAUUGCAGCACUGCCACAUUUGGGAAAUCUUGAUCUAGACAAUGCCUUUAUUGGGGAGGAGCUACAUUUCUCCAAGGGCUUUACUAAGCUUAGAAGUUUAUGGUUGACUAAUUUCCCUCAGCUGAGAGCAAUAACUAUAGAAAAAGGAGCGAUGCCAGAUAUCCAACUGUUGUCUCUUGCCUCUUGUGCAGCAUUAGAUUUACUGCCUCAAGGUAUUGAAUUCCUAACCAAUCUCCAUACUCUGCUAUUGUCGUCAGACUCUUCAAGCCUUGUAGAAAAAGAUCAUUCAAAAGUGCAGCACAUCCAAAAGAUCGAGAUUUUUCAACUGAUAUUAUAGAGACUGGGUGAUUUUGCUCCAAAAUAAAGCUAGCUUCAGUUUGAAACUGUAACGAGAAUUCCAUUUGUCAUUUUUCUUGUCCAAUAUAUGUGAGAAACCAUUUCCGUUUGGCAUGUAUCAUUAGCAUGGAUGUUUGUGUACAUGGCUCCUGACCUUUUUUAAGAACAUUUUUCGGAAGGAGAAUUUGAACUUUAAUUUAUUGAAGUCUUAUAUGCACUUAGAUGUGCAUAGAUGGGUCUAUUAAAUUUGUUUGACUACUAAAUUAUAAACUCGAGCUUUUCGGUUAAGUAGUUUUAUGAAGGUUUAAUCAUUAAAUUGUACUGUAUAUCAUACUACAGUUUUUGAGGUUGGUGUGGUCAAGCACUUGUUAUUGAGUGUAAUCCUUUGCUAGGCUGGACAAUUUGCAUUGUAUAUUAUUUUAAAAAAUUUUUGAAACAAAUUGAAGAAUGGAGUUUGAUCUUGAA